AUAAACGACGUCGUUUGCAGACACGCCCUGUUACCCUUACGCAGCCCCCCUGGAAGUUUCCUACUACUGGAACUCUCUCUCUCGAGAAAAUCUUUAAACGCCCCCCACAUUUUCUCUCCCAUUCUCAGUAAUCACUGCAUUUUCCCACCCCUAGUUUCUACCAGACCAAACAACCCUCCCCCCGUUCCCUACCCCUCCAUUUUCAAAACCCCACAACAUGCUCCUCCCCACAACCAUCCAAGUGCCGUCGGCCAAAUCCGCCAUCACCACCGCGGCAUCCCUCGCCGCCUCCGCCGUGCUCCUCCGCUCCAUCGCCGGAGACCUCGUCCCCCACGAGAUACAGCACCUCUUCCUCUCCAAGCUCCGCGCCCUCCUCGCCUCCUUCUCCCCGGAGGUCACCCUCGUUAUCGAAGAGUUCCACGGUUUCGGCCUCAAUCACCUCUUCGCCGCCGCCGAGACCUAUCUCGGCACCAAACUCUCCCCCUCCACAUCCACUCAGCGAUUCAGAGCUUCCCUCGCCCCAAACGACCACAACGUCAGCGUCUCAUUGGACCGCAACGACGCAAUCGUCGACAAUUUCAAGGGGAUUCCCCUCAAAUGGCGACUGGUUUCCAAACAGAUCCCCACCAAAUUCGUUAGCAACCCUAGUGAUUACUCCUGCAACGCUUAUUCCGAGAUCCGCUACUUCGAACUGAACUUCCACAAGAAGCACAGAGACACGAUUCUGAACGCCUAUUUGCGGCACAUAACAGAGGAAUCGAAGGCCGCGAAAGAGGAGAAGAAGACUCUGAAGCUAUUCACCCUAAAAUACGAUCGGAUGCGGCCGAGGCGGGGGAGCCCGUGGCAAUCGGUGAAUCUGGACCAUCCGGCGACGUUCGAGACGGUGGCGAUGGAGGCGGAGAUGAAGAGGAAGGUGGUGGAGGAUCUGGAGAGGUUCGUGAGGAGGAAGGAUUACUACAGGAAGGUAGGGAAGGCGUGGAAGAGGGGGUAUAUGCUGUUCGGGCCGCCGGGGACGGGGAAGUCGAGCUUGGUGGCGGCGAUGGCGAACUACCUGAACUUCGAUGUGUAUGAUCUGGAGCUGACGGAUCUCCGUUGCAAUUCCGAUCUGAGGAGGUUGCUGAUUUCGACGGCGAAUCGGUCGAUUCUGGUGGUGGAGGACAUCGAUUGCUCGAUUGAGUUCCAUAAUCGGAGAGAGAAAGAAAAGGAUUUGAAUCCCUUUCGUCGCUCCAAUCGAGGAUCACAGGUGACACUAUCAGGGCUGCUAAAUUUCAUAGACGGGCUGUGGUCGAGCUGCGGCGACGAGCGGAUUAUAGUGUUCACGACGAACCACAAGGAGAAGCUAGACCCGGCUUUGCUGCGCCCGGGCCGCAUGGACGUGCACGUCCACAUGUCCUACUGCACCCCCUCGGACUUCAAAAUGCUGGCCUCCAACUACCUUGGCAUCACAGACCACCCCUCCUUCUCCCACCUCCUGCACCUGAUGCAGACCAAGAAGGUGAGUCCUGCAGAGGUAGGGGAGCAGCUGAUGAAGAGCGAUGACCCCGAAGUUGCUCUCCGGGGCCUGGUUUACUUUCUCGAGGAGAAGAAAGAAAGCGAAGAGUCGAAAGGGGGCGAUGAGAAACCAGGAACGGCAAGAGAGGAAGAAGAGAAGGGUGUGGCGGAGAAAGAAGGGGGGGUGAAUGGUGAAAGAGAGGGUGAAGCAAGAGAAGGAGAGUAAUGAGGGCAGAGCUAGUGAUGGAAAAGCAGAAGAAGAAGAAGAAGAAGAAGAAGAAGAAGAAGUUGUGAAUGAGAGAAGCAAUAGGGGGAGUGGGGGCGUGAGCAGAGGAAGGAGUUGCGGGCUUGGUUUUUUGGGGGAAGGAACCAUAAGCAUUGUGGGCAAUGGGAUGGAUGGCUUCAAUCCUGGUUCUGUAAUAUAAAAAUAAAACCGAGAAGAUAAUGGCACAGAACUUUUGGACGGGGUUUUUUAGGGUUUUUGGUUUUUCAGUACUUAAAUCAAAUUUGAGGUGUUUUAAAGGUUAAAAAAUAAAUAAAAAGGAGGAAGAUGCAUUCAGGCU